CAUGAUGCCCUGCUCACCGCGGAUGUUUUUCGUUAACCGGACACACGUUUCUGCUCUCAAGCUCUGAUCCUCCUGCUGUCAUUAACAUCACAAACCGGCCGUCGGUGAUCACUGGAACACCUAAACUAAUCACCCCGUUUUCUUUGAUAACAGAACCCGCUGUUAUUAUUGUCGUCAGUUCGGAGGGUCGCGAUGUUCCUGUCGUCGGUACCGGCGCGCGUCCUGAUGCGAAGGUCGCGGAGUCUGUCGCCGUGUCGCGCGCUGCAGACCAGUCACGGUGAAGCCUCCCGCUUCCGAAACCUCUGUGAGCUCGAACCGAGCCGGAGCCCGGUGGCCAGCGGCUCACGAGCGUCCAGGAAGAGUGUUUUGAGUGAGGAGUCGCACAUGCAGUACCAUCAGCUGGCCAGCAGGUGGCGCGUCAGUCUGGAGGGCCGCCGGAGCAGCUGGGCGACGCUGACCGCUGCGGGGCGCUACAGAGACGGACACGAGAGCGGCUCGGACACCGCCGCUGCUGCGGGCGUCAUUUCAGCCGCGGCGCUCGCCUUCUGCCUGAAGAAAGACAACGAUGAUAAAGCUGAAGCUCUUCUAGACGCGUCCAGAUCCAGUAACACUGAGGAGGUGAUCAGGUUGUUGGCGGAGGGAACCGAUCCGAACACUCGACACCGCUUGGGCUGGACGGCUCUCAUGGUGGCCGCCAUGAACAAACAGCACAAUGUGGUGAAGGUCCUGCUGGAGGCGGGUGCUGAUCCAAACCUGGGCGACGACUUCAACAGCGUGUAUGAGACGGCUCGAGAGAAGGGCGUUCACUCAUUAGAGGUGUUGGUGAGCAGAGAGGACGAGUUCAGUAAUCGUCUGAGCAGUCGCGCUUCUUUCCGUGGCUGUUCGGCUCUGCAUUACGCCGCUCUGGCCGAUGACCUGCGGACCGUCCGGAUGCUGCUGGAUGCAGGUGCCAACCCCUUACAGAAGAACGAGCUGGGACACACACCGCUGACCUACGCCAAAGAGGGAGAGAUGGUCACGCUGCUGAAGGAGUCGCAGAACACGUUUGCGGAGGCCCAGCGGAAGCGGGAGGCUGAGGAGAGGAGGAAGUUUCCUCUGGAGCGCAGACUGAAGGAGCACAUCAUUGGACAGGAAGGAGCCAUCAAUACAGUAGCAUCAGCCAUUAGGAGGAAGGAGAACGGCUGGUACGAUGAAGAACAUCCCCUCGUCUUCCUCUUCCUGGGCUCGUCCGGAAUCGGUAAAACUGAGCUGGCCAAGCAGGUGGCGCGAUACAUGCAUAAAGACAUUAAGAAGGGUUUCAUCCGCAUGGACAUGUCUGAGUUUCAAGAGAAACAUGAGGUGGCGAAGUUCAUCGGUUCUCCUCCAGGGUACGUGGGUCAUGAAGAAGGUGGUCAGCUGACCAAACAGCUCAAACAGUGUCCGAACGCCGUGGUUCUGUUUGACGAGGUGGAUAAAGCUCAUCCAGACGUGCUGACCAUCAUGUUACAGCUCUUUGACGAGGGUCGAUUGACUGAUGGGAAGGGGAAGACGAUUGAGUGUAAAGAUGCCAUCUUCAUCAUGACGUCCAAUGUGGCUAGUGAUGAGAUUGCCCAACAUGCGUUGCAGCUGAGGCAGGAAGCUCAGGAACAAAGCCGCAGACGCCUCGCUGAAAAUCUGGAAGACGUUCAGAAGAGCGAGAAGAUCACCAUCUCCAACACGUUCAAAGAGCAGAUGAUCCGCCCCAUCCUGAAGGCUCAUUUCAGACGGGACGAGUUUCUGGGGAGGAUCAACGAGAUUGUUUACUUCCUGCCGUUCUGUCACUCUGAACGCAUCCAGCUGGUCAGCAAAGAGCUCAACUACUGGGCCAAGAAGGCCAAGCAGAGGCACAACAUCACGCUGCUGUGGGAGCAUCCCGUCCUGGAGCUGCUGGCGAGAGGAUAUAACCUGCACUACGGCGCGCGCUCCAUCAAACACGAGGUGGAACGGCGGGUGGUGAAUCAGUUGGCCGCCGCGUACGAGCAGGAGCUCCUGCCGAAGGGCUGUACUCUGCGUCUCUGUGUUGACGGAGGACCGGAGGAGAAGGACGGAGCUGCAGUUCUGCGUCUGGAGCUGGUGGGUGACGACAGCACCGCCCGAAAACUGGACAUCCGCCCACCGCUGAACCCCGACGACGUGGCCUACGCCCACCGACGCCACUGAACGAGAGAAGCUAAGACUGAAUCACAUCCAGCGCUCGUUCCGUUCUGUUCCAUCACAAUAAAAACGAGAAUCACGAGCUGGAGUCUGGUUAGUGCGUGUUGUUUUAGUGUUCAUCAGAUUAUUGGCAGAAAUGUAAAAAAAUAUGGUGUUUGUAAUGCUGCGUUCAAUGUUUCAUCACAGCUGAGCUCGUAACUUUAAUAACUCACAUAAAUCACUGCAGCUUUAUGAUGUUGCUCAUAAUGAAGAUCUUCCAGAAUCAAACGCCAGAGCGUCUGUCAUGUACAGAAAAUAUGAAGAUGUCUAUAUUUAUGGAAGUUAAAGUUAUGUAUGUUAAAGUCCAGGACACGUUAAAAUCAAAGCGUGUUAUUACUCUAAAACACUAAUGUUUAACGUGAAAUAUGAACGAAUCAUCAGCUUUAUUACACAGAAAAACAAGGUUUCGAUUGUUAACAUGAAGUAAUGAUGAACAGCAGUUCAUAGUCAAAGCGUGAACUGAUGUUAACACAUGACAUGCCAAAAACAAUUCAUCAACCUGCUUCAUAUAGACACACUUCAGCAUGUUUCCUCGUGGAUAAAAUCACGUCCUGUUGCUCUUAAAUAUGUAAAGAUUACAAGUAAAAUAGUUCUUAUAGUUCUUAAAUGUUUAGAAGAUGUUUUGAUCAAAUGCUGCAGCAGAAACAUCACGAGAAUGUCUGAAUGUGAACAUAUUUAUGUGAAAACAUUAAUGUUUUAUGUGUUUAUCUCAGGAUGGCACUGAUACAAAAUAAAGGAAACUGCAAACUUAUCUCACAGUUCAGAGUUCAAAGUACAAACUGCAAGAUAUAAACUCUGAAUUGUAAGAUAAAAAGUCGCAAUUACCUUUUAAUUUAUUUUUUUCCAUGACAGAAACAAGCUUCCAUCGAGCGUUUAACCUCAUUUACAUGUUUACUGUGAAUCAAGCCUUUUUUUAUUGAACACAAACAUGAAUAAAGAUCACAAGUCUCUUCUCUGA